GGUUCGAAGGUGGAGGAAGCAUGCGAGCUGUACGUAAAGGCGGCAAACCUGCUUAAGAUGGCUAAAAAGUGGACGGAGGCCGGCGAUGCGUUCGUCAGAUCCGCAGAGCUGAACUUCCGCAAGGGCGACAGCAAACACGAAGCGGCAGUCAACUACGUCGAUGCCAGCACGUGCUUCAGAAAAACAAACCCUCCCAAGGCGGUCGAUUGCUUGAUGAAAGCAGCUGACAUCUACACCGAUAUGGGUCGAUUCACGAUGGCGGCUAAGCAUCACCUUUCCAUAGCUGAAUUAUAUGAGUCGGAAUGUGUGGACGUUGAAAAAUGCGUCCAGCACUACGAGAAAGCCGCCGACUACUACAAGGGCGAGGACUCAGCCAACAAAUGCCUGCUGAAGGUGGCGCAGUACGCGGCUCAGAUGGAGCAGUACAAGAAGGCAAUAGAAAUCUAUGAGGAAGUUGGUACGUCGUCGGCGGACAACACCUUGCUGAAGUACAGUGCAAAGGACUACUUCUUUAAGGCGGCUCUGUGCCAUUUGUGUUUAGACUUGCUUGACGCCCAGGUAGGAUUCUCUUUUGAUCAUGAUUGAUA